AUCCAUUUGUCCCAGCUGAUCUGCAGGUGCAGUUAAUGCUUAGAGCGCUAGGUCCUGGAUACUACUACGUCUACCAGGCCGGAGAAGAUGGGCUGCUGCUUUAGUAAGGACCUGAACCCCGGCCCGCAGAAUGAGAGGAGUAAUCUGUUACAGCCCCCACACCAUGAUAGGCUGAGUGAGGUGACAGAGCAGGUCAGGCAACACGCUGCGGCUGUAGCUCAGCACGUGUGCUUAGAGGAAGAGGAAACAUGUGUGCCAGACGAACCGGCCCGAAGGAAACCUCUGGAAGGAGAGGACAGACAUCCAGAGCUGGACAACAGAGUUUGUACAAAGGUUGCCGUGGCCAACAGGGACAGCAGCACGCGGAGCGAGAGGGAUCUUAAACCAGCAAGCUCUCACGGGGAGAAGGAGGCUAUUAUUAUCACAACCAGCACAAACAUGCAUACAAACACGGACACAGAGGCAGGCAUGGCACACAUGGCCAGCAGUGAGCCGGCUCCCCGUAUGGAGGUGUCCACACACAGUCCAGUCAGACAGAAGAUUUUGGAGAACGCCACCAUCAGGGCUCAUUGGUUCAAUCAGCUCCCACAGGAGCAGAAGCCGAACAAACCCUCAGGUUGUUGGUCAGCUCCCGCCAGGUUAUCCUCUGCUACCUGCCUGGGCAGCGUUACUCUGAGUGAGGUGUCAGAUGACCAGCCGCUGCUGGUCAGUUUGUGUCAGGAGACACGGCACGAUUCCCCCAAAGAUCAGCACAACGAUGAGGAAGGCGAGGAAAUCUGUGUCGUCACGACACUGUGCCAAGGUUUUGAAACAAGGACCCAGAGAUUCUACAGCAUAUGUUCCAUUGACGCAGACGACCUUGAACAUGACCACGAUCACAGCCAGUCCCAAACAGCUGGAGCAACACAGUCACUGCUCACAGCUGAAGCAGAAACAGCUGCUCUGCCCCGCACAGAGGAGUCUCCGGCCCCCAGCCAGCCAAACAUAAAGGCAUCUACAGUCUGUGACCAGACAUAUGUCACAGAAUCAAAAAUGACCCGCCAGUCACAUGAUGAGGAAGCAGCGUCUGCACCGUCACAUGCUGCUGAACAGUCUUCCACCGUCCUGUCACAUACACACACCGAGAAUUCGCUCUCAGCAGAGCAGAGCACCUCAUCUCAACUUGUUGUUUCUCCACAGCUGGUAGACUCUCUGCCUCACCCUCUGCCUCACCCUCUGCCCCCAUGCAGCAGUCAGAUAAACGGUGAGCAGCCUCAGGCGUCCUCAUCACACAGCCCUCAGACUGAAGAUUUCAUUUGCAAGACAUCUGGAAAGGAUACAGAUGAAUCGAAGGAUGACAUGUUGAGUGCAUGUGUGGAGGAGGAGAAUGGGCGUGUGGUGAGUGACACUGUGAAGGGGUCAGAGCAGUGUGUGUGUGUGGAGCGUGUGUGUUCAGAGGAGCACACUUUGUACCGAGAGGACCACGGAGCAGCAGAGGAAACAGUCGCCGACUUCCAGGAGAAAGAGUUAAAUCCUCUGGAUCAUCAUCAUCUGCAUGAGCCUGACGUCUUCACUGAGAAACACACCCAAAGCUCACUAACAGCCUCUGAACCUCCUGAACUGGAUCCUUCCAGUCAGAGCCCCAGUUCUUCUAAACUGGACCUCAGACUGCUGCACGAGGAGGAGAACGGUGCUUUGCCUCUCUCUGGAGGACAGGCCAUCCCUGUGAGUACCUGCAGAAGCCACGGUGAGGAGGGUGAUGUUGUCCACAGCAGCACUGCAGAUACAAGUCUUACAGAGGUAUCGUCAGUGUCCACCGUCUCUGCUGCGUCUUCACUGCCCAUUGAACUCACUGCCUUCUCCUGUCACACAAAUUUGACAAGUCUCUCAGAUUUAACUAAAUCCACAUCUCGCCAACGCGACGCCGUCACAUCUGAUAAAUUAGAUGUUAAUUCUAAUGAUCCAACAUUUGAACUGAGCAACUUUAAGCCUCCUGGUCAAAAUGCUGAACCUCCAUUCACCGCGUCUGAGCGUAGCGAUGCCGGGUUUGAUUACUGUGACAAACAGGUUGGCAGCUCUGAUGUGAAAACCGAAGGUGAGGUGGCGUCCAGCUCAGACGAGCUUUUCCAGUGUGUCCUCAUGAGCGGAGACGACAGACCGGCAGUCAAAAAACCCAAACCAGAAUUUCAUCCGAGCAGCAAACAUGUUGAGCAAGGUGAUUUUACUGAAACGGGCCAAAACACUUUUCCCAUAGAGACGAGUGAUGAGAAGUGUGAUGUGUUGUCUGAGCACGGUGACCGUUGUCCAGCUGUAAGUACAAGCAGCACUCUUCAGGACCCUGAGGGCAGCGUUGAGGAUUCAGGUCUCGGCCCUCACACACAGCCUCCUCCUGCUGAAAGCGAGCCUUCUGUUACACCUUCCUCCUCUCCGCCUUCCUCUUCCUCAUCCCCCUGUACAUCUUUUGAGGGUGAGCUGAGUUUUUGUACUGCACCUGUGAGUGGAAGCAGCCAAGUCCAAAUCAGCCCUCGGCAGGAUACUGCCCACAGUUUACCUCAACCUGGAGAUUCAUCCCAGAGAAUUCACCUGGAGGAAGCUGAUGAGAUGAAGAUGACACAGGAGGAGCACCCUGUACAAACCAGUGAUAUUCCUCCAGAAACUCCCAAUGUUUCAGCUGCAGAGACACCGUCUGAAAGCUCUGAGGUCCAUGCUGACACCAGCAUCUGUGAAACAUACACGAUUCCUAAUGACUUGAGCUGUCAGGAUGACAGAACUUCGGUUUUGGACUGCCAGGAAGACCACACCAUGACCUCAGUGGACCCAGGUCAGAUUGAUGUUAAUGCCUCAACUCCGUCUUACGAGAUCCACCCGCUGGGUCAUGAACGGCCAUCGGCUCCCGAGGAGGGGGAGAGGGAAGGAGGGUUGAGGGAGAUGGUGUCUGAGCUGCUGGGAGAGGAUGCAGACUCCUCAGUCUGCCGCCUCUAUCCUCACCCCUGGAUCAAGCUGGGUCUGGAGGACAACUGUGAGGGGUGGGCUCAGGGGGCAUCUGAGACCCAGCCCAGCCAGGAUGAGAGCAAGACAGGCGCUGACGCAGAGCAGAUCCCAGCCUUGGUCUCAGAGCUCCAGCCCUCGAUGGCUCUAUUAGGAGCUUACCCCUACAGCACUGUGAUGCCUCAGGGAUCGUGUGUGUGGGACUGGCACACAGAUUGCACUCAGUCUGAACCAGUUGCUGCUCCUAGCCUUAACCCUGACGCUGAGGUAUGGAACCAUCACAACUUUAAUUUAGACGUCCAUGGCACUGCCUACCCGCAGGCUCAGCAGCCAUGGCUGCAAUUCUCCAACGAUCCGACCAAUCACGAAGGGUAUGUGCCAGAGUUUCAGCUGGAGAACGUGGGCCCGUUUGAAGCUGCGGCGGAUCCCAGCACACUGGAGUACCAGACACUGACUGCUGAAGCACCUAUAGUUAAUGGAGAGUCCAGUGACCCACCUGUCACAGAUGAGAUCAGAGAAGAGCUGAGGACAGUGCUGGAGUCCUGCCUGACCAGAGAGCACCUUGGCAGCGACCUGUACCUCACAUCUCAGAUGGACAGUGACCAGUACAUUUCCAUUGCAACUCUAGCCAGUCUCGACAAGAUCAAGAGUCUCAGCACAGACGUGGACCUUAUCUCCAACAUCCUGAAAUCCCUGCCGCUGGUCCAGGUGGCUCCGUGUGGACAGAAGGUUCGGCCCAGUCAGAGUCGGUGUGUUCUCAUCCUUCGUGAGAUCCCUAACACCACACCUCGUGAGGAGGUGGAGGCUCUCUUUGAUGGGGAGAACCUGCCAAGGUUCCUGAGCUGUGAGUUUGUAAGCAACGAUAACUGGUUCAUCACCUUCACAUCUGAAGCCGAUGCACAGCAGGCCUACAAGUACCUCAGAGAGGAGGUCCGGGUGUUUAAGGGAAAGCCGUUAAUGGUGAGGAUAAAGGCCAAAACCAUGGCAGUCACUUCCUAUGCUCCAAAAAAUGGCUACUUACCCACCCAGCUGGACCAGUGCGCCAGCCAUUACGGCUCCUACUUUCCCCCGACCACCUACCAGCAGCCCUGCCCCGCCCACAUGCCAGCACAACAGCUGUACGAUUUCACCAAUGAGAUGUGGGUCUCCGCUCCAUCAGGAUACCAAGAACAUUCUGACGCGUCAUUAUUGAAUGAUUUCAUGAAUGGAUUCGCAGCAGCUCCCAACUUCAAACCUCACAACCCGCACAGGCCAAGGAGAGGCUCGAGGUGGUCGAACUCUGGAGAGCGUUGGCAGGUCCAUCAGAACGACUCCUCGCACUCGUCAGAGCAAGCAGAAGCGGUGGAGCGCCCGUAUUCUCCGACAAAGCCAGGCCGAGGGUGGCAGCGGGGCAACGUGCGCCGUCAGAACAGAGGUGGAAGGAUGGAGCCCAGCAAGCAAGUAGCUCCGCCCACUUCAGAGGGGGGAAGGAAGGGAAACUUCAGCCAGAGGAGGAGAGAGAACCCGAGGUCGUGGGACAGAUCUGCUGGGAACAGUGGUAAUCCACCAAGUAAGUCGCCUCCUCGUAAGCCAUCUCCUCCUCUUGAGCUUGGGCCUACGAGCUUCCCUCCUCUUCCUCCAGCAAACGCUGCCAUAGCAACCGAACCUGCAGCUAACGGCAACAUCAAGGGUCCAGUCAAAUGCAGCGCCGCCUUUACAUCAGCGCCAACAAGUUCACAAGAGCCUCAGCCAGCGUCACAGCAGAAUGUGGAGAGUGCAGAGACGGCGAGUGAGGCCGAACCCGCUCAGCUCACACAGGAACCAGCCACAGAGUCCAAAAAACCAAGCUACGCUGAGAUCUGCCAGAGGGCGUCGUCCAAUGAGCCGGUCCCGCCUGCUGACCAGGCCUCCUCAGAGGCAGAGCACACCCUAACCCAGCCGGGCCACACCUCUGAACCUGGCUCGGUUACCACGGUGAUCAGAUAAGAUGGAGAAACAGACACCUAUGAAUUUUUUUCUUUUUUCUUUUUCUUUCUGUCUUAUAAGCUGAAAGUGUAUUAUUGUACUGUCCUAACUGUGCAGACAGGCUGCGCGGGGGUCCGGGGACGUUAACCACUCAGGAUGUCAACGCAACAUUUCAGUUUUUACACAGGAAGCUGGAGAGAAUCUGUAAAUGUUGCUUUUCUGCCUUAUGUUAGUUUUAUUUCUUGGUUUGUGGUUCAGGUCAGUUGAUCGAGCGCCAGGUUCCGUUUUGAUUUGGUCUUGUUUUGCUGAUGGCACUGGCACUUCUCUCCCAGCUGUCCCAGUGUGUGUGUGUGUGUGUGUGAUCAUUUCUCGCUGUACAGGAUGUUCUGCCAUGAUCCUGAACCUGUUUUGGUGGUUUUUACUUCCAUACAUCUGUGUUAUGCUUUAGCCUACAGGGCGGCUGUGAUGAUUUUUUUUUUUUUUUUUUUUUUUUUUCCAGAUGUUAGUGCUCGUUACUCAGUUUGUUUCCGUUUCAGAUGAGGGCGAGGUGUCACGGCCUGUAAUGAACCGAGGUCCAGUGUGCGUUAGUGAGUACUAGGAGGGUCACACCUCUGUAUUGAUUUGAUCUUGCUCGUCAAGCAAUCAGAUUGACCUUAAAAGUAUGUUCCCUUGAAAAGCUCUGAAUAUCGAUCCUUUAUUUCUGCAUGAUUUUUUUUUAUUUCGUUUUAGAAUUUAAUUUAUGCCAGAUUUUUAUUUACGUUAGACAGGAGUGCAUUUGUGUAUUAAAGCUUUAGUCUCAUCUGUGUUGACAAAGAAGUCUGUUGGAUGUACCUGAGUGUCACAGCGUCCACAGGACACAGGUCAUCCCAUGAAGGGAAGCAUGCUUUUGGUUAGUGAGUGUCCAUAAGGAAGUCCAGCGCAGAGAACUUGAACUGUGUUUGAUUGUCUGGAGUCCAAUGUUCUUCUGUUCAAAAUAUAACAUUUUAAAUGUGAAGCGGUUGUCAUGGAGAAGGAGCAGGUGUGGUUGUGGCACAUGUUACUUUGCCUGUACAGAUGUACAUAAUACUGAACAAAUA